AGAGGGUGUGCCCAUGCUCGGUUGUUCUGUGAACAUUAUCAAGUGCGUCCAGUGAGAGAGCGAGCAGCUUCGCUAUGGGGGUCAAGGUCUUUCUUUGGGGGCACAGUCAAGGCAUGUCGGGGAGUUCUGUGGGAGUCAGGAGCUGUUUUUAGGGAGAUCAGGGAUAUUCCGACAUUUAGGGCUCCUCUUUGCUCUCAGGGGUCUUGGGGGCACAAGUUUCUCAGCAUUGGGGUAGUUCUGUGAGGGUUAUCAGUGUUGGGGGGUGGCACGCUCCAAUGGGGCGGUGGUGCCUGAGCUAGUUUCUUUACUGCGCUCCCCUCUUCUCCGCCCACUCAUCACCCCCUCCCGCGUUGCCACGACAACGUGUAAAACUAAAAUUCACUUCCCCGUUGCAGGUGGAGACUAGUAGCGCCCCCUCCCCUAAGCCUGUCCUCAUAGGUCGCGCCCCCAUCCUGUCGUCGCUAAGGUGACGGGAAGGGGGCGACAGGCGUUGGUCUAGGCAGACCAGGCGGCCUGGAGAGUGGGUAGGAGGAGAGGCGGCCUUGGAGUCCAGAGCGAACUCGCCAAACUCGGCUGGGGAUGCGGGAAGCCGCGCUGAACACUAUUCAGGGUGGUCCUUCAGGACCCCCGGCUCGCGGAAUCUUCCUCGGUGGUCCGCGGAUGCUCGCACGCAGCCGAAGGGCGGCGCGGCCCUCGCGGCUCAGCCACUCCCCCCACGCCAAGGCCUAGGACUCCCCACACCCCCCGCACAGCCCCCAGGGCCCCGGCCCUGUGGGGCGGCCCAGGCCCUCCGCACGAACCCUCCCACCUCACCCCGGGACCCGUACAGUCCCCCUCGUCCCCGGUCCCCGGCUGGCCCUGAGCCCUCCCGGCCCCCGCCUCCGGCGCAGCCCCCUUGCCACCCCCGCUUCCCUCCCGGCUCAGGCCCCCUCCCCCCGCCGCCCCCGCCCCCGGGGAAGGCAGGCGCCGAGCUGAGCCGGGGCCGAUGCAGCUGAGCCGCGCCGCCGCCGCCGCCGCCGCCGCCGCCCCUGCGGAGCCCUCGGCGCAGCUGUCCCCCGCGCCGGCCCCGGCCCCGGCCCCCCCCGGCCCCCUCCCGCACAGCGCGGCCGACGGGGCUCCGGCGGGGGGGAAGGGGGGGCCGGGGCGCCGCGCGGAGCCCCAGUGCGCUCCGCUCCCGGCCGCGAGCCGCCCGGGCUCCGGCCCGGGCGCCGGCGCGGGGAUGGACGGCCCCGGGGCCAGCGCCGUGGUCGUGCGCGUCGGCAUCCCGGACCUGCAGCAGACGAAGUGUCUGCGCCUGGACCCGGCCGCGCCCGUGUGGGCCGCCAAGCAGCGCGUGCUCUGCGCCCUCAACCACAGCCUCCAGGACGCGCUCAACUACGGGCUCUUCCAGCCGCCCUCCCGGGGCCGCGCCGGCAAGUUCCUGGACGAGGAGCGGCUCUUGCAGGAGUACCCGCCCAACCUGGACACGCCCCUGCCCUACCUGGAGUUUCGAUACAAGAGGCGAGUUUAUGCCCAGAACCUCAUUGAUGAUAAGCAGUUUGCAAAGCUUCACACAAAGGCAAACCUGAAGAAGUUCAUGGAUUACGUCCAGCUGCACAGCACGGACAAAGUGGCCCGCCUACUGGACAAGGGGCUGGACCCCAAUUUCCACGAUCCUGACUCAGGAGAGUGUCCGCUGAGCCUUGCGGCCCAGCUGGACAAUGCCACGGACCUGCUGAAGGUGUUGAGGAAUGGCGGUGCUCACCUGGACUUCCGCACUCGAGAUGGGCUCACCGCGGUGCACUGCGCCGCGCGCCAGCGGAAUGCGGCAGCUUUGACGACCCUGCUGGACCUGGGCGCUUCACCCGACUACAAGGACAGCCGUGGCCUGACGCCCUUGUACCACAGUGCCCUGGGGGGCGGGGAUGCCCUCUGCUGUGAGCUGCUUCUUCACGACCAUGCUCAGCUGGGGACCACGGAUGAGAAUGGCUGGCAGGAGAUCCACCAGGCCUGCCGCUUUGGGCAUGUGCAGCACCUGGAACACCUGCUGUUCUACGGAGCUGACAUGGGGGCUCAGAACGCCUCAGGGAACACAGCCCUGCACAUCUGUGCCCUUUAUAACCAGGAGAGCUGCGCUCGAGUCCUUCUUUUCCGUGGAGCUAACAAGGAUGUCCGCAAUUACAAUAGCCAAACAGCCUUCCAGGUGGCCAUCAUUGCAGGGAACUUUGAGCUUGCGGAAGUCAUCAAGACCCAUAAAGACUCGGAUGUUGUACCAUUCAGGGAAACCCCCAGUUAUGCAAAGCGGCGGCGGUUGGCUGGCCCCAGUGGCCUGGCCUCCCCUCGGCCCCUGCAGCGCUCAGCCAGUGACAUCAACCUGAAGGGUGAGGUGCAACCGGCAGCUUCUCCUGGACCCUCGCUGCGAAGCCUCCCCCAUCAGCUGCUGCUCCAGCGGCUGCAGGAGGAGAAAGACCGAGAUCGGGAUGGUGACCAAGAGAAUGACAUCGGUGGCCCCACAGCAGGCAGGGGCAGCCAGAGCAAGAUCAGCCCGAGCGGGCCCGGCGGCCCCGGCGGCCCGGGCCCCGCGCCCGGCCCCGGUCCGGCGCCCCCUGCGCCCCCCGCGCCGCCGCCCCGGGGCCCGAAGCGGAAACUUUACAGCGCCGUCCCCGGCCGCAAGUUCAUCGCCGUGAAGGCGCACAGCCCGCAGGGCGAGGGCGAGAUCCCGCUGCACCGCGGCGAGGCCGUGAAGGUGCUCAGCAUUGGGGAGGGCGGUUUCUGGGAGGGGACCGUGAAAGGCCGCACGGGCUGGUUCCCGGCUGACUGCGUGGAGGAGGUGCAGAUGAGACAGUAUGACACACGGCAUGAAACCCGGGAGGACCGGACGAAGCGCCUUUUCCGCCACUACACAGUGGGCUCCUAUGACAGUCUCACUUCACACAGUGAUUAUGUCAUUGACGACAAGGUGGCUGUCCUGCAGAAACGGGACCAUGAGGGCUUUGGUUUUGUGCUCCGGGGAGCCAAAGCAGAGACCCCCAUCGAGGAGUUUACACCCACACCAGCCUUCCCUGCGCUCCAGUAUCUUGAGUCGGUGGAUGUGGAGGGUGUGGCCUGGAGGGCCGGGCUGCGCACAGGAGACUUCCUCAUCGAGGUGAACGGGGUGAACGUGGUGAAGGUCGGGCACAAGCAGGUGGUAGCUCUGAUCCGCCAGGGCGGGAACCGUCUCGUCAUGAAGGUUGUGUCUGUGACAAGGAAGCCGGAAGAAGAUGGGGCUCGGCGCAGAGCCCCGCCGCCCCCCAAGAGGGCCCCCAGCACCACGCUGACCCUGCGCUCCAAGUCCAUGACGGCCGAACUUGAGGAACUUGCCUCCAUCCGGAGAAGGAAAGGGGAGAAACUGGAUGAGAUCCUGGCAGCCGCCGCGGAGCCUACACUGAGGCCAGACAUCGCAGAUGCUGACUCAAGAGCCGCCACGGUCAAACAGCGGCCCACAAGUCGGAGGAUCACCCCUGCUGAGAUCAGUUCUUUGUUUGAGCGCCAGGGCCUCCCAGGCCCAGAGAAGCUGCCCGGCUCCCUGCGGAAGGGGAUUCCACGGACCAAGUCUGUAGGGGAGGAUGAAAAGCUGGCGUCCCUGCUGGAGGGACGCUUCCCGAGGAGCACAUCGAUGCAAGAUUCGGUGCGCGAGGGCCGUGGCAUCCCGCCCCCGCCGCAGACCGCGCCGCCACCCCCACCUGCUCCCUACUACUUUGACUCCGGGCCGCCCCCCGCCUUCUCGCCGCCGCCCCCUCCAGGCCGCGCCUAUGACACAGUGCGCUCCAGCUUCAAACCCGGCCUGGAAGCGCGCCUGGGCGCUGGGGCUGCAGGCCUGUAUGAUUCUGGCUCGCCCCUGGGUCCGCUGCCCUACCCCGAGCGGCAGAAGCGUGCGCGUUCCAUGAUCAUCCUGCAGGAUUCUGCGCCAGAGGUGGGCGACGUCCCCCGGCCCCCUCCUGCAGCCACCCCACCAGAGCGUCCCAAGCGUCGGCCGCGGCCGCCGGGUCCCGACAGUCCCUACGCCAACCUGGGCGCCUUCAGUGCCAGCAUCUUCGCACCUUCCAAGCCUCAGCGCCGCAAGAGCCCGCUGGUGAAGCAGCUGCAGGUGGAAGAUGCUCAGGAGCGUGCGGCCCUGGCUGUGGGCAGCCCUGGCCCUGUCGGCGGCAGCUUCGCCCGCGAGCCCUCCCCGACGCACCGUGGACCUCGGCCAAGUGGUCUCGACUACGGCCCUGCGGACAGCCCUGGCCUCACGUUUGGUGGCCCAGGUCCAGGCAAGGACCGGCGGCUGGAGGAGCGGCGCCGCUCCACCGUGUUCCUCUCAGUGGGAGCCAUCGAGGGCAGCCCUCCUAGUGCGGACCUGCCCUCCCUGCAGCCCUCCCGCUCCAUCGAUGAGCGCCUUCUGGGGACCGGCCCCACCACCGGCCGUGACCUGCUCCUGCCCUCCCCCGUCUCUGCUCUGAAGCCAUUGGUCAGCGGCCCAAGCCUUGGGCCUUCAGGCUCCACCUUCAUCCACCCGCUCACCGGCAAACCCCUGGACCCCAGCUCCCCCCUGGCCCUCGCCCUGGCUGCCCGUGAACGGGCUCUGGCCUCCCAGGCGCCCUCCCGGUCCCCUACACCAGUGCACAGCCCUGACGCUGACCGCCCUGGGCCUCUGUUUGUGGAUGUACAGGCCCGCGACUCUGAGCGAGGGCCCCUGGCCUCCCCAGCCUUCUCCCCAAGGAGCCCAGCCUGGGUUCCUGUGCCUGCUCGCAGGGAGCCGGAGAAAGCACCCCGGGAGGAGCGUAAGUCGCCAGAGGACAAGAAGUCCAUGAUCCUCAGUGUCUUGGACACAUCCCUGCAGCGCCCAGCUGGCCUCAUCGUCGUGCACGCCACCAGCAAUGGGCAGGAGCCCAGCGGUCUGGGGGCUGAAGAGGAGCGUCCGGGCACCCCAGAGCUGGCCCCGGCCCCCACACAGUCCGCAGUGGUGGCGGAGCCCCUGGCCAGUCCCCGGGCCCAGCCCCCUGGCAGCACCCCGCCAACAGACUCUGGGCCAGGCCAGGGCAGCUCGGAGGAGGAGCCAGAGCUGGUAUUUGCUGUGAACUUGCCGCCUGCCCAGCUGUCCUCCAGUGAUGAGGAGACCAGGGAGGAGCUGGCCCGCAUUGGGCUGGUGCCACCUCCUGAAGAGUUUGCCAACGGGGUCCUGCUGGCCACCCCACUUCCUGGCCCAGGUCCCUCGCCCACCACGGUGCCAGGCCCGGCCUCAGGGAAGCCGAGCAGCGAGCCACCCCCUGCUCCCGAGUCUGCGGCUGACUCGGGGGUGGAGGAGGCUGACACACGCAGCUCUAGCGACCCCCACCUGGAGACCACGAGCACUAUUUCCACGGUGUCCAGCAUGUCCACCCUGAGCUCGGAGAGCGGGGAACUCACUGACACCCACACCUCCUUCGCCGACGGACACACUUUUCUACUCGAGAAGCCACCAGUGCCUCCCAAGCCCAAGCUCAAGUCCCCGCUGGGGAAGGGGCCGGUGACCUUCAGGGACCCGCUGCUGAAGCAGUCCUCGGACAGUGAGCUCAUGGCCCAGCAGCACCAUGCCGCCUCUGCUGGGUUGGCCUCCGCUGCUGGACCUGCUCGCCCUCGCUACCUCUUCCAGAGAAGGUCCAAGCUGUGGGGGGACCCCGUGGAGAGCCGGGGGCUCCCUGGGCCCGAAGAUGACAAACCAACUGUGAUCAGUGAGCUCAGCUCCCGCCUGCAGCAGCUGAACAAAGACACACGCUCCUUGGGGGAAGAGCCGGUUGGUGGCCUGGGCGGUCUGCUGGACCCUGCCAAGAAGUCGCCCAUCGCGGCAGCUCGGCUCUUCAGCAGCCUCGGUGAGCUGAGCUCCAUCUCAGCGCAGCGCAGCCCCGGGGGCCCGGGCAGCGGGGCCUCCUACCCGGUGCGGCCCGGCGGCCGCUACCCCGUGGCGCGGCGCGCCCCGAGCCCAGUGAAGCCCGCGUCGUUGGAGCGGGUGGAGGGGCUGGGGGCGGGCGCGGGGGGCGCGGGGCGGCCCUUCGGCCUCACGCCUCCCACCAUCCUCAAGUCGUCCAGCCUCUCCAUCCCGCACGAGCCGAAGGAGGUGCGCUUUGUGGUGCGCAGCGUGAGCGCACGCAGCCGCUCGCCCUCGCCGUCGCCGCUGCCCUCGCCAGCGCCUGGCCCCGGCCCCGGCCCCGGGGCCCCCGGCCCGCGCCGGCCCUUCCAACAAAAGCCGCUGCAGCUCUGGAGCAAGUUCGACGUGGGCGACUGGCUGGAGAGCAUCCACUUGGGCGAGCACCGCGACCGCUUCGAGGACCACGAAAUCGAGGGCGCGCACCUGCCGGCGCUCACCAAGGACGACUUCGUGGAGCUGGGCGUCACGCGCGUGGGCCACCGCAUGAACAUCGAGCGCGCGCUCAGGCAGCUGGACGGCAGCUGACGCCCCCUCCCCACGCCCCAGCCGCGCCCUGCCGGCAGGGCUCCCCACCCCCACCCCCGGGCCGCGGGCUCGGCCCGCCCCCCACAACGGCGCCCGGGCCAGGAAUGUUGCAUGAAUCGUCCUGUUUGCUGUUGCUCGGAGACUUGCCCUGUACAUUGCUUAGUGCCCUCCCCGGCCGGCGAGUCCCACCCAGCACACGGUCAGGAAGGGCGAGGGCCAGGGAGGCUGGAGCGGGAGAGGGUUGGGGGUGGGGUGCUCCGGCCUGACCAUCUCCCGCACAGCUCCUGGUGGCUACUCUCUCAGAGGGGGGGAACUAGUCCAGCAUGCGAGGUCAGGACACACCUUGGUGACUCGGGGGGAGGGGGGAGACUUGGGGUUCUCGGUUGGGGGCCUAGGAGCCCCCCUGUUUUGCAUAUUUUAAUCCACUCUAUAUUUGGAACGAGAAAAGGAACAAAUAUCUCUGUCCUUAAUAGCUUCCCUUCCACUCCCCUACAGCCCCCCACUGGUUCCGCUGCUGCUGCCCAGUCUUCCAUCUCUGGCCCCUCACUGCCACUGCCACCCCACAUGGGGCGGGGGACGCUCCAGCUGGUCUGGGGUUGGCCAGGGUCCUAGUAGCCCGCCCUGGGGCCCCGGCUCGGCCCUCUCCCCUCGCUGAGCUGUAGUGUGCCCCACCGACCCUUCAGGUGCUGCGUGGAGGAGGGGCGGCAGGCAGCGAGUCCUGCUGGGCACUAGCAAGGUCAGGUGGCCUGGGAGACCAUUGCCCUGGGGAGGGGCAGAGCCCUGGCGUCCGCCCCCCCGGCCAAGUCCCUCACAGGGCCCCUUCCCAGGAGGGGUCUAGCCUCCUCCCCACACUGUUGGGCAACCACAGCAGAGAAGCCUCCCUGCCUCAGACCCCAAAGUCUCCUGUUCCUGCCCUGUGUGUGCGCACAUGUGCGAGUGUGUGAAACUCUGGGUGCGGCUGAGUGCAUCGGAACCCUGUGUGUGCCUGAUUGGAGCGUGGUCCCUAGGGGCCACUCUGGAAUAGUGUGGGGGUUUCAGCAGUGUGCACAGGGUGCAUGUAUGGGUAUGUGCCUAUGAAAGCACCCCAUCUCCACUUCCAAAGAAAGUCAGAGGCACCCUAGGACCUGCUGUUUGCCCAGCCUGUCCUUCCAGAGCCUCCUCUAGCCUGGGCAGGCCUCCUUGGUGAAGCUCUGCUGCUUGGACAGGCUCCCAAGGGCCCUUGGAGGCAGUGCCCUCCCCCCCCAACCUUGGGCUUCUGGGGGGAUCAUAGAGGACCCCUAGAGUCAGGCCACCGCAAGCCCUGGGGAGACACCCCAGAGGACACCCCAGCCCCCCUUACUGUGACUCCUCACACUCAGCAAUGACCUGUGGGGUGGGGGGCCCUGGGACGUUUUUAAACCUAGGGUUUGGAGUCUGGACUAAGCUCCAUCCACGUCACUCACAAGUUUCUGUUUAUAUUUCUAGCUUUUUUUAAUAAAAAAAAAAAAAAACAGAAAACUGAAGUUUUCACAGCCCAGGGGCCUGGCACGCCGGUCUGUGCCCGCCUGCCCCGCCCUGGCCCACCGGCCCCAUUCCCUGGGCAGAGUCACACGCAGUAACCCCUUCACCAACAGACCAGGUCACACACACAGCAGCAGUCACUGUAACAGACUGCCACGUACACACUCGGUCUCACACUCACCUGUGGGUUUUUGGUUCCGUUCAAUUUGGGUUUUUAACUUUACAGGGUCAGUUCUGCUUCACCCCUCCUUUUGUAUGGAGUUCCAUCCAGGGGAUUUCACCCCUGCUCCAGUCCUGAGGCCUCCUGACCCUGAUGUUGUGAUACACCCCACAGAGAUCUAUGUUUCUUAUAUUAUUAUUAUUGAUAAUAAUUAUUAUAAUAUUAUUAUGUAAUAAAUUUAUAAGAAAUGAAA